AAGUGUUUCAGCCGUUCGCUGACUGACGCACUGAGAAUCUACCGUGUGGAAAAAUGCCUGUGUUUUGUGUAGUUUACCGGCGCUCAGAUCGUUCCAAUGGAGAACAGGAAAAAAGCUAUUAUAGGGUACCAAAGGUAGUCACCCACAAAGGUGAGAAAUAUAAACAACUUACAGAACAACGCUGUAAAAGGUGGAUCUUAAAUGUAGGUCUGCGGUCGGGAGGAGCGGUCUUCUAACGCCGUGUCUGCAGUGACCACUUCGUCAAAGACAGGAAGUCGGCCGGACCACCUGAGGGAGGCUCAGGUGAUGUCAUGGAUGGAUGGUAACCAAGGCCACGACUCUGUAACCAUGACAACAACCUGUUUGAAGAGAGUCAGACAGAACCGGAACAGAACCUGUUGACAUGUGACUUCCUGAUGAACUUCCUGUCUGUCUGACGCUCAGUCCACCAUGUCCCUCCCCUUCCUCCCCCUCCUCGUCCUGUUGCCAGCGUUGGGCCGGUGUCAGCCCGAAGGCCAGUUUGACGUGUGUCGGUCUCUGCGCAGUUCAGAGGCGGGGCCGGGCUGGGAGUUCUACGCCUGUCAGCCUCCACCCGCCAACAUGAAGGAAGUGAUGCAGAUCAGAGUCGACCCCCCUGGGAUCACCUGUGGAAACCCACCUGAGAGAUUCUGCACACUGGAGAACCCGUACCUGUGCAGUGAUGAAUGUGACGCGUCCAGCCCCGACCUGUCUCACCCUCCUCAGCUGAUGGGAGACAGGGAGAGGGGGGGCCUCAUCACCUAUUGGCAGACGGUCACAUGGUCCAGGUAUCCUGAGCCACUGUUGGCUAACAUUACUCUGUCCUGGAACAAGAGUCUGGAGGUGGUCGAUGACAUCGCCGUCACCUUCGAGUACGGCCGACCAACCAGCAUGGUGCUGGAGAAGUCCAUGGACAAAGGUGUAACGUGGCAGCCGUAUCAGUACUACGCUGAUGACUGUCUGGAGGCGUUUGGCAUGUCACCGAAACAAGUCUCUGAUUUAGCACCGAGUAAUUUAACCCGGGUUAUCUGCACUGAGCAGUACUCCCGCUGGGUCGGAGCCAAGGAGGAGAAGGUCGUGGUGUUUGAGGUGCGCGCUCGGUUUGGGGUGUUUGCUGGUCCGAAGCUGAUCAACAUGGAUGCUCUGUACACCCGGAUGGAGACCAUGAAGGGUCUGAGAGACUUCUUCACCUUCACCAACCUCCGCCUGAGACUUCUCCGUCCAGCCCUGGGAGGGACCUACGUCCAAAGAGAUAACCUGCUGAAGUACUUCUACGCCAUCUCCAACAUCGAUGUACCUGCCAGGUGUAAGUGUAACUUACAUGCAUCUCAGUGUGUGUUACGAGAUGCGACGCUGCAGUGUGAGUGCGACCACAACACGACGGGACAGGACUGUCAGCGCUGCAGCCGAGGGUUCAGAUCCAGCAGCUGGAGACCUGGAUCAUACCUGCCCCUGCCCAAAGGCACGGCCAACACCUGUGAAGCAGCAGAAACAGCUGCCACCUCAGCCUCAUCAGAUGGAGUGACUGACCCUACUACUGCUACAACUACUGACACUACCACAACUGGUGCCACUAUAACUGACAGUACUACCCCUACUGACACUAUUGCUACUACUGACACUGCUGCAACUAUUGGCAGUACCACUUCCACUACUGACACUAUUACUAGUAGUUCUACAACUACUUUUACUUACACGUUGAUUAGUGAUGCAGGAAGAGCUCUUCCUGUCACAGAUACAGCCAGUACUUCUACCACCACUGAAACAUUAAGAAUUACUAUUGAAGAAACAAGUACCAGUAGUGAUACUACAUCAUUAUUCUACACUAAUAGUAUUCCUACUAUCAGUACUUCCAUGGCUGAUACUAAUUUUAUAACUUAUUUCACUAGCACUAGUGAUACUGACGGCUUCCCUGGUGUAGCAUCGACUACUACAGCUGACACUGGUACUACAAUGUUUACUGCUGUCAGUAGUACUGUUAGUACUGUUACUGUCAGUACUGCAGGUUUUGACACGUUUCCAGACUUUAGCGGGACAGCAGGACCAGCAGUGAACACAGCUCCAUCCAGCAGUCCAACACCGAAGACUGGAGACACUCUGUCCAAACCAACUCCCACAGUACCAGACACCACCAUUCCCAGUACUAUUAGCACUUCCAGUUCCACCAGUAACACCAAUGCAACCAGCCCCACCAGCCCAGGCUGCAUUACUGGCUCUGAGGUGUCUAUUUCUGACCCUGUGACUCCACCCUCUGACUCCAUCUCCUCACCAGACAGCACAGACUCCGCCCUCUCUGGGACUGGUACUACCAACCUGAUCACCAGUACUACCUCAUCUGCUGAUGGUACUACACCAACCAGAGUCCUGCCUCUAACAGCCAUGCCAGAAGUAACCCCACCCACUGAUAGGGCGCCAUCUGAAGAUUCUCCAUCCAUUGCAUCAGCCCCAACCAGUCAGACCAGAGAUGCUUCACCCACAGCAGAAGCUGCCACAACUUCUCCUAAUGUUCCUCCAGACAUUCUGAUAGAUAUACCGCCCCCAGAUAUACCUCCUCCAGAUGUACCACCCCCAGAUGUACCGCCCCCAGAUAUACCGCCCCCAGAUGUACCUCGUCCAGAUGUACCACCCCCAGAUGUACCGCCCCCAGAUAUACCGCCCCAAGAUGUACCGCCCCCAGAUGUACCUCCUCCAGAUGUACCGCCCCCAGAUGUACCGCCCCCAGAUGUACCUCCUCCAGAUGUACCUCCAGAAGUGCCAUCAUCUACGACUCCAGACUCUGUGAUAGAUGUACCUCCUCCUGAUGUACCACCUCCUGAUCUUCCUUCUCCUGAUGUAUCAUCUCCAGAUGUACCACCUUCUGAUGUAUCCUCUCCUGAUGUACCUCCUCCAGAUGUUCCUCCAGAAGUGCCAUCCUCUAGGACUCCAGACUCUGUGAUAGAUGUACCCUCUCCUGAUGGAGCACCUCCUGAGGUAUCUCCUCCUGAUGCUCCUCCUACAGCUCCCGAUGCUCCUGUAGAAUCCCUGUUACCUCCCUCUGAAGAAGGAGGUGAUGCUGCACCAGACACAAGCUCCACCACCUUGAAUCGGACUGACCCUUCAGUUGAUUUGGCCCCUGUGGACUUCAGCUUCCCUUUUCCAGAAGAUACAAAUUCAGUUGAACCUGGACCAGAUUCUGGAUCAGAUACUGGACAAAUUUCUGGACCACUGCUUUUCGGUGAUCCUGGGAUCAUUCCAGGAGAUUUCAGUGGAUCUGUUGAUGCUCCUACAUCAAAUUCAGUUGAUUCUGGGUUGGAUUCCAUCACAGCAGGACCAGGCACAGGGGAAAGGCAAAACAGUGGAUCAGAAUCAACUAGACCAGAUUUUCCUGCACCAGAUCGUGCAAGUUCUGGUCUGGAAUCUGGACCAGAUUCUCUUCCAGUGGUAGAUGAUCCAAGAGUAGGUUUGUUUCCUUCAGAAGCUCAGAAGGAAGGAACGUCUGGAAAGGAGUCAGCUGCUAGUGGACUAUCAGGAUGGUCAGAGUCCAGUGAAAAGAAAGACUCUAAACAAGAAAACACAGGAGAGCAGAAAGAGGAGAAAGCGACCCAGAAGAUUUUGAUCCCAGGAGGACCAAAAUUCAGUCAGCUGUCCAAAAUUGCCUACGUCACCUUCCAGGACUGCGAGUGUAACGGUCACUCCAACCGCUGCAGCUACAUCGACUUCAUCAAUGUGGUCACGUGUGUGAGCUGUAAACACAACACGCGAGGACAGAACUGUCAGUAUUGUCGCCUCGGUUACUAUAGAAACUCCUCACUGUCGCUUGAUGAUGAGAAUGUCUGUGUGGAGUGUCAGUGUGACACAGACAGCAGUGUUUCUCCUCACUGCUCUGAUUCUGGGCUCUGUCAGUGUAAAGAAGGAGCCACAGGGAGGCGCUGUGACUCCUGUUUACCUGGAUACACCUGGAGAGGAAGCAAGGCCGGCUGCACAGUGAACGUUUGUGAUGAGGAGCGUUUGAUUUGUCAGAACGGAGGAACCUGCGUUGACUUCCAGCGCUGCAUUUGUCCGGAUAACUUCACAGGUUCAUUCUGUGAGCAGAGCAUCUGUCUGAAGAAGAAAGGUUGCCUCACCGAUGCCGAAGGCUCCUCCUCCUCCUCUCUAACCUCACACCUUCACCUGCUGACUCUUAGUCUCAUUAUCUCCACCUUCUGCUGACCCCACCCAGUGACGUGAGGCCACUCCCACUGCUGAUAAAUACUUAACACAAUAUAAAAACGCAGAAGUUUAUUGUUUACUGAUUGUUGUUUCUAUUUUUUUCUUUUCACUGAACUCAGCCUGUUACCUGUUGCAACAGGACAUGACAUCAUGUCAGGCUGAUUCACCUGUGAAGGUGUUUCCAUCCCCGUUAAUCAGACUUGUUGACUGUGUGUAACUGUUUCAUAGGUAAACUAAUAAGACAAAGACAGUUUCCUCCUUCAGUCGUGGACAGAAGGCGAGCUGGUGUUUGUGGAGUAUUCCACACGCGUCACUCACACUGUCAAACUCACGACGGCCAGUUAAAAAAAAAGACAUGAAUUGAUGCGGCAGAACCACAGAUAAUCGCCCCUACAUCGCCCACAAUGCACCUGGACCUCACACUGAGGGGAGAUCACACAUCCAAGUCGAACACAAGCUUAACCUGCACGUGUGAGCGGGACAGUUUGUCUCUGCAGCUCUGAGGUAAAGUGCUGAGAACCUCAGUGCUGCCUUCUGAUUGGUCGGUCUCUGUCAAGGUCACAGAUCCUGCUCAAGACUGAUGACCUCACACUCACACAGUAACCACAGAAACGGUCACCAUGGAGACAGACUUGUUGCUAUUGAACCUUUUUUUUUUUUUUUUUUUUUUUUUUUACAGUUUGAUGUUUGUGUUAGAUGUAAAAGGUUAAAGGUCAAAGAAUCAUGACCUCAACAACCUGAAGAAAUAAAGAUGUAAAUGAUCUGAA